CCACACAUGGAGGUCCGACCCCACAAUGCAUUGAUGUCAUGCACAAGGCUUUGAGUUUUUGAUUCGCAAAAUCUCUGAGCCUUAUCUGCACACACUCAGCUUCUUGGUUUCUCCACCAAACACUCCUCUUUCUGUAUCUUCCACAGAUUCUUGCUUGCAUUAUACAGUACUUCACAAAGCUCCCAUCUUCCAUUUCUAUUAUUAUACCUUCUCAUAGUUUUUCUUCUCUUCUUCUGUUCUUUCCUUUUCUUCGUGGCCGAACUCUUUCUUUCUCUUGUUGUUUGGCCAGUAGUUUCGUGGGAAAAAGAUUAUUAUCAUUUCAGGCUGUUUUUUGAGCUCCUUUGAAACAUAUGUUUCACCGUCUCAUUUACUGUAUGCUGAGUACACUUAAAAGGUAGAGAGAAACUGGAGAAGGUGUAACCAAGUGAGGAUCUGCUAAAAGAGAGGAGGAGGUUUGGUCUGUUUUAAGCAAGAUGAAGAUUCAGUGUGAUGUGUGUGAGAAAGCACCCGCCACAGUGAUUUGUUGUGCUGAUGAGGCUGCACUUUGUGCUAAAUGUGACAUAGAAGUUCAUGCAGCAAACAAGCUUGCUAGCAAGCACCAAAGGCUUCUUCUCCAGUGCCUCUCCAACAAGUUGCCUCCAUGUGAUAUAUGCCAAGAGAAGGCAGCUUUCAUUUUCUGUGUUGAAGACAGGGCCCUCUUUUGCCGGGAUUGUGAUGAACCAAUCCAUUCAGCUGGUAGCCUUUCUGCGAAUCACCAGCGGUUUCUGGCCACUGGAAUCCGAGUGGCUUUAAGCUCGAGUUGCUCCAAGGACACGCAGACGAUUUCUUCAGGGCCACCAAAUCAGAGCGCACAGCAAACUCCCAUGAAAAUCCCUGCACAGCAAACAUCGAGCUUCGCCACUUCAUGGGCAGUUGAUGACUUGCUACAGUUUUCCGAGUUUGAAUCAUCCACUGACAAGAAAGAGCAACUUGAGUUAGGAGAGUUUGAGUGGCUAGCUGACAUGGGUCUUUUCGGUGAGCAACUUCCUCAAGAAGCUCUAGCAGCAGCUGAAGUUCCUCAACUGCCAAUCUCACCGCCAACCAAUGUGAACUCAUGCAGACCCACCAAAUCCAGCAUGCCCCAUAAGAAGCCUAGAAUUGAAAUCUCAGACGAUGACGACGAGUACUUCACUGUGCCUGAUCUUGGCUGAACUUGGAGUGUUGAACUCAGCACUUUCGGGUUGCGCUUGCACAUAUA